UAAUUUAUUUAUUUUCUAUUAAGUGAUUUCAAGAUAAAACUAAAAGUUUUACUAAACAUAUUGGAAAACAUCAAAUUCCCAUUAACAUUUUUUUAAAGAUAGGGUAUAUAAACAGUCUUGUUAAAACUUCGAAACUAUUAGAAACCAAAAAUUGUAAGAAAAUGCGUGUAAUUACAGUUUUUACCUUCGUGUUAGUUGCCUUUGUGGUUUCAUCUUCCGCAAAACCUGAACUUAGCCGUUUAAAAAUUAAUGUUUUAGAAUCAAACGGUGUUGAUCAAAUACUAAAUAAUAUUAUUGAAGCCACUAAAUACGCUUUCGAUUUGGGAUCAUCCGCUGAUGGGAGAAUGAAAUUACUCGAAUCGCGAUUGAAAACAACAAUAGCAGGUUAUAAUUGGUUUUUAGCUGAAGGUGCAGAUGGUGUGGCUCAUUCUUCAGAAGUGUACGCUUACUUAAAAGUUACUAGUUUUUUAUUCCCACAUACAGUACAUAUCAUAGCUACUUCUCCGUAAUUUCCGAUUAAUAUCGUUUUCUUUAUUGUUAAUGAGACGAAGUAAAUAAAAAAUUUUCAUUGUUCAUAAU